UGGGAGAUGUACGGUUGCACCGUCAUGUGUGAGGGUUGGACCGGACCGACGAAGAUGUCGAUCAUAAAUUUUAUGGUCUAUUCCAGGGGACGGGCAAUGUUCUUAAAGUGUAUAGAUGCGAGUAGUAAGAUUAAAAAUUCUAACUACAUUUACAAACUAAUGCACAACGUCAUGCAAGAUGUUGGGAGGAAAAACAUUGUGCAGUUUGUUACGGACAAUGGGACUGCAUUUGUCAAGGCGGGAAAGGAUAUUCAGAAUAAGUAUCAUAUGUCUUGGACCCCCUGCGCAGCCCAUUGCAUCGAUCUCAUGCUGGAGGCGAUCGGGGAUAGGCUGUCGGUGAAGACUGUAAUUAUUGAUGCACGACUCAUCACAAACUUCGUAUACAACCACACCUGGUUAUUAGCCGCGAUGCGUGAGAGGUGUAGUGGGGAUGUAGUGCGCCCCGGGGUGACACGGUUCGCCACAAAUUAUAUCGCCUUAAGUAGCCUUCUCAAACACAGCAAGGGUUACGAGAGCUUUUCGCCUCUCAUGGUUACGAAGAAUGGAAAAAGAGGUUGACGAAAGUAACUUAUAGAAUCGAGGAGCUGGUGUUGAGAAAUUCAUUCUGGGAUCGCGUGCGUGGUGUUGUGGGUAUUCUAGAGCCCAUUUAUGUAGUGUUGAGGAUGGUGGACAAUGAGACAAAUCCGUCGAUGGGGUCGCUGUAUCCGUCCAUACAGCUGAUGAAAGAGACCAUCAUGGUUAAAGCUCCUAAUGCAUACAAGUGGGUGCAUGUAAUAAUAGACAACCGUUGGGAAAGGACGCUUUCUCACCCACUACAUCAGGUACCUAUAUGGAUUUUUUUUUUCUUAUGCAAUAAUAAAUGAGGGUUGUACUGAUGUGUAUAUUUUGGUUUUCAGCGUAUUUCCUGAAUCCCAAAUACCACUACAGCCAGAAUCUCUUCGAAGAUAAUUCAUUAAAGAGGGCUGUACAUGAGGUGUAUAAUCACUUAUUCCCCGACUGUUCGGGGAAAGGCACCUUUGGUAGUGAGAUUGUUAAAUUCCGCGACGCGGUUAGAAUGUAUGGGUGCCACCCUGCGGUGAAGUCAAGGAACACCAUGAUGGCAUGUGAGUUACUACGGUAAACUAAACUUUUAUAUUAUUUUGGAAAAUCUAAGAUAAUGAAAGAAUCUUAUGAAAUGCAAGCGAAUGGUGGUCCAUGUACGGGACUGACUGUGAGGUUUUACAACGACUGGCUGUCCGUGUGCUUGCACAGACGGUGUCCUCGUCACCCUGUGAAAGGAAUUGGAGUACAUUUUCUCUCAUCCACACAAAUAAACGUAAUAGACUAGGUUAUGAGAGGCUUCAGAAGCUAGUGUAUUGUCACUACAAUAUGAAGUUACGAGAGAGGUUGCUCCGCAUGGAAGGUAGAAGAAAAGUGCGGGAAGACUCAUUGGACCUGAUGACGGUCGGACAACAUGCAUAUGCUGAGGAUGCGGUGGAUGACCCAGUUUACCAGUGGGUUAGGUCAGAUGAUUUGGAUACCUCGGAUGGGCGACUAGAGCCACAUGUUGCGGCGGAAGCAGAGACACAAGGGAUUGAUGUUGAUGCACAUGUGGAGCAGCAGAGGUCUCCUGAUAAGGCAUUCAACCCAUUGACGAUGAGUUCGAAGGGCAGCCCGUGGCAGUCACUAUCACGCGGGACAAGUGGCGGGGAGACAUUGUCUAACACCGAGACUAAGUCAAAGAGUGAUGCGGGGAAUGAGUCUGGUGAUGAUGAUGGCGGUGAUAAGGGUGACGAUGACUUUGAUGACAGUAAGGAUGCUGAUGAUGAUGAUGAUAGCGACGCGGGUGGGAGUUAGGAUAAGAGGCCUCUUAGCCUUUUCACCGGGGAGGAGAAUUUCGAUCAUUCCACACAGGACCCUGACCAUGGUUCUCGUCCAGGAGAACCACGACCUCGUCUUGUUUACAAUAAAAUAUACAUGCGUCAAAAGCUAUUGCAGAAAAAGCAGACUCAUAAACUUUCAUAUUUUGAGGAGGAGCUGUUGGCAAAAUGCAUGAGGGACACAAGCGUUUGUGGCAGGCGAGGUGGCUCUAGAUUUGGAUCAUGGACGAGGGAGGGGAGCUCGAGUUACAGGCCCUAACAUGAAUCUGGAUCACAAACAAAGGAGAGUAGCUCGAGUUCUGUGCCACAGUAUGAGCAUGGAUAUGGACUUAGUGGAUAUGUAACGAGUGACUCCAGCAGUUACAACACAUCAUUUUUCAACCAUGGUCAGGAGUUCACUUUUGCAUAUGGGCAGGGACAUGAGCAGCAAUAUGGAUAUGGCAAACAAUAUGAAUACCAAGGAGCUUCAUAUAUGCCCUUCUCAGAUCCAUAUCAGUUACAGACUGUGAUGAUUAUGCAGUACCCACGGAUGGGCGUAUUGAUUCAGUUCGGAGAGGAUGAGGACCAGCGUUAUGUCACGGAGUAUCUUAACUGGUACCACUCUACUAUGACCUGGGCACAAUAUUAUCGAUUUGUGGAGCAACAGUAGUAUGCCUAGCCUCGUCGAGAUGGAGAUGAUUACGAGCCACCGCGCAACUCUAUGUGGGGUCUAGACCACGACUAAUCCCCAUCAUUGAUAUGUAUAUUUCUCAAAUUUUACUUCUUCAGUUCUUCUUUUGCUUUUCAAUGAAUUGGUUGUGUUUUCAUACAUGACUAUGAUAUAUUUAUAAAUAUCAUGCAUUCAAUUUAAAUAUAGUUGCAUUAGUUCAGUUAAACAUUGCAUAGCUUAGGACCCUAUACAAAGGAAAUUUAUUAUGUGCAUCUUUUUUUUUUUUUUUUUGAGAUGUUAUGAUUUAAAAGUGUGUAUUAAGGACUUUUUUAACAAUCCCCAAAGUUUCAUUAAAAAAUUCAACCAUUUCCCCAAUGUUUCCCCAUGUUUCCCAAAAAGUGCGAUAAAUUAUGCGAUACAAACGAUAUAUCCCGUGCGAUAACCGAUACGUAUCUGUAUCCCAAGGGUGCGA